UGUCAAUAAUAUUAAUCAUAAUUAUUAUAUAUAAUAUUCAAAAAUUGGAAAAGAGUCAACACUAUAAAGCGUAUAAAAACUAAAAAGUAUGCGUACCCUUGUCCUCAUUUAACUGUAUAGCUCAUGUAUCCACAGUUCAAACCUCUACUAUAUAUAUGUAUCCUAAUCCCCUUCAUUAUUAGCCACAGACACGAAACAAUUUCUCUCUCUUUCUCUCUCAUAUAUAUAAUACAUAUAUUUUAAACAAAAUAUGAGUAUGUUAAAGCGAAGAAGUCUAUCAUUGAUCAUAAUUGCUUUCAUGAUUGCUUCAUUAGUGUGGUGUUCAUGCUUAAAACCUUGCCAUGCUAGGCAAUGGAAUCUAAAUAUCCCAACAUGGACAAAAAACAAUUAUCACAAAAUAGCACCAGUUGAAAAGCUUAGUGGUACUACUACUGGAAACGCUGCCGUUUUCAAUGUUUUGAACUAUGGAGCCAAAGGUGAUGGACGAGCUGAUGACACAAAGGCGUUUGAAGCAGCGUGGGCAGCAGCUUGUAAAGUGAAGGCUUCGACAAUAAUAGUUCCAUCAGGGUCCGUGUUCCUUGUCAAACCAAUCUCAUUCUCUGGUCCUAAUUGUCAAUCGGACAUUGUAGUUCAGUUGGAUGGCAAGAUUAUAGCUCCAACGGGCUCUGCAUCAUGGGGUUCAGGUCUUCUACAGUGGAUUGAGUUUACAAAGCUACAAAGAAUCACAAUUAAAGGAAAAGGUGUUAUUGAUGGACAGGGCUCAGUUUGGUGGAAUGACUCUCCAACAUACGACCCCACACAAGAUUUGGAGGAAAGUAAAAGUGGGAAAAUGCCAGGCACCAAACCAACGGCUCUGAGGUUCUAUGGAAGUAAUGGUGUGACAGUAACUGGGAUAACGAUUCAAAACAGCCCUCAAACACAUCUAAAAUUCGAUGAUUGUACUAAUGUUCAGGUCUCCAGUGUUAGUGUUUCUUCCCCUGGUAACAGCCCGAACACAGACGGUAUUCACUUGCAGAACUCUCGUGAUGUGACCAUCUAUGGCAGCAAUCUUGCAUGUGGAGACGAUUGUGUAUCUAUACAAACCGGAUGCUCAAACGUGUACAUACACAAUAUCAACUGUGGACCUGGACAUGGAAUCAGCAUUGGUGGCCUAGGGAAGGGCAACACCAAAGCUUGUGUGUCAAAUGUCACUGUCAGAGAUAUCAAAUUACAAAACACAUUAACUGGUGUUAGAAUUAAAACAUGGCCGGGAGGAUCAGGCUCAGUACAAAAUGUUAUGUUCUCUAACAUUCAAGUAUCUGAAGUGGAAACACCUAUCAAGAUUGACCAAUUUUAUUGUGACAAAAGCAAGUGUUCGAAUCAGACCUCAGCUGUGGCUGUUAGAGACAUACAUUACAUAAAUAUUAAAGGAACUUACACAAAGGAACCAGUGCAUUUAGCUUGCAGUGAUAGUUUGCCCUGCACUGGAGUAUCUUUGAACACCAUACAGCUGAAAUCAGUCCAAGCAAGUCAGCACUUAUCUGGCCCUUUCUGUUGGAAGGCAUAUGGACAGCUUGAAACUGCCACUGUACCUCCGGUAGACUGCUUGAAGUCCGGGGCUACAGUUCAAGCUAAGAGUGAAUCUUGCUGAGCUGACUAGCUUACGCAAUUCAAGUGGAUCACUUACAUGGAAAAGGUUUUAAUAAAAGCAAUACAAAUAGUAGUAGUAGAAGUAGUACGUAUCUAUAUGUAUAUCAACCAGCUACUUUAUAUUUCAAGUUGAAAUACUAUGAACUUACUGCCAAGCCAACAUGAUCAUAUAUACUUUACAUUUUAUAUAUAUAAAAGAAAAGAAAAGGUUUAAGGAAUGCACAUGAGAAGGGAUCAAGUGAAAGUAAACAUGCACAGAAACUUUUAAUAAUUAGUGUAUACAUAUGAUAUAAGGUUUUAUGUUUCUACAACCUAUAGAAUGAUUAGGACAUGGUGCAUUAAAAAGGUGUCUAAAAAUAGUACAAAUCUUGCUCCUCAACAAGUUCCUCUCAAUAUUGAACACAGUUCGAUGUAUUUGACCUAUUACAUUUGUGGUGUUGCUCUUCCUAAAGAUGUGAAGACAUGUGAAGCUGCUUCGACCUCUAU